AUGAGUGCCAAAACCGUCGUUGUCUUCGGCCUUGGGUCCUUCCCAAUUCCUCAAAAGAAGUAUUCAUUUUUCAAUUGGUUUUUCUUUGCCAUCAACAUGGGUACACUCUUAGGUAUUACUCUUCUAGUUUAUGUGCAAGUGAAGAAGGGCUGGAGCUGGGGAUUUGCGAUUCCAGCUGUGGCAAUGUUUUGCUCUAUCAUCAUCUUAGUCGCCGGCUUCUCAAAAUAUCAUUACCAAAAGCCAAUGGGAAGUGCCUUUACUAGAUUUGUUCAAGUCAUUGUGGCUUCUGUGAGGAACCACUUUAAAGGGGUCAAAUUUGAACCAGGAGUUCGGCUUUAUGAGGUCCCGAUUGAAAAUUCUGAUAUAUUUGGUGCUCGGAAGCUUCUUCACACUGAACAAUACAGGUCCUCCCCAAUUCCAACCUCGAGAGAGGAGCAAACCUUCCCGCCGCGCAGCCCACCUGAGAAAUUGCCUCCUAAGCCUCCGCUGCCAGCGCCGGCUAUCAAUCGCUACGUCGUAAUCGAGCCCUUCUUAGUGUCCAAGAUGGCAGAUUCAGGAUCAGAAGUAAUGGAUUGCAGCAAAUUGGCAGAAGAUGGGACCCCUGAAUUAGGAAUGGAGUUCAACAGCGAAGAGGAUGCGUACCAGUUUUACAACAAAUAUGCCUUUAAAAUGGGUUUUAGUGUACGUAAAGACUAUCUGAAUAAAGACAAAGACGGCGUGACCACGUCUAGGAGAUAUAGUUGCUGCAAGGAAGGUGUAAAGCGCAAGUACGAAGGUGAUGUGAUGCCAAAGAGGACACGAGCGCCGACGAAAACAGGGUGUGGAGCUAAAAUGGUUAUCGUGUUGUUUAGAGGAACAAUGAAGUACCGUGUGCAUGACAUUGUCUUAGAGCAUAACCAUGAGUUGCACAUUGUUCAAUGUGCGCACAUGAUGCCAUCACAAAGAAAAGUGAGCGAGGCUCAAGGAUUCCAAGCUGAAAUAAGCGAGGACGCUGGGCUUUCAUUGAAACAGAGUCAUGAACUUAUGGGAAAGGAGGCAGGUGGGAUGGGAAAUGUGGGAUAUACUCGGGAAGACCUGAAACGAUAUCUUCGUACUCGACGGGAAAGGAGUUUGAAAUAUGGAGAAGCAGGUAGCAUGCUGAAUUAUUUUCAAGAGCAAACACUCGAGAAUCCAUCAUUUUUUCAUGCCGUACAGUUGGACUGUGAAGAGCAGAUAACGAAUAUCUUUUGGGCUGAUGCAGGAAUGUUAAUUGACUACAAAUUUUUUGGAGACGUAGUCACAUUCGAUACAACCUACAAAACAAAUAAAGAAUACCGGCCACUUGGAGUGUUUGUGGGUUUUAACCAACAUAGGCAAAUUGUGAUAUUCGGUGCUGCCCUUAUGUAUGAUGAGACUAUAGAUUCUUUCAAAUGGGUGUUUGGUACAUUUCUAGAAGCAAUGUGCGGAAAGCGUCCAAGUACCAUACUAACCGACCAAGAUCAUGCUAUGGCAGCCGCUCUUUCAGUUGUUAUGCCUGAAACAUUUCACGGUCUAUGUACGUUUCACAUAAGGCGUAAUUUUAUGAAACAUCUUGGCAAUCACUACAAGGAAAAUAGUGAUCUUCCAUACAUGUUUGGUGCAUGCAUGUAUGAGUUUGAAGAAGUGGAACAAUUCAAUAGGGUGUGGGAGGCGAUGGUGAAGAAACACGAUCUUGAAAAUAAUGAAUGGCUCUCCGGAUUGUAUAGAAUUCGUGAUAAAUGGGCAAGGUGCAUGAUGAAAGAAAGAUGGACCGCUGGAAUGCGAAGCACCCAACUCAGCGAAAGCCUAAAUGCAGCAAUUAAAAAUCAUUUGAAACUGGAUCAUGACCUUGUGCAGUUCUUUAGACAUUUCAAUCGGGUGGUUGAUGAAAAGAGACAUAAUGAACUGAUCGCAGAAUAUGAAAUGAGGCAAAAGCUCCCCAUGGUCGGGUUAAGGCAAACACCUAUGCUCGUGCAUGCAUCAGAGACGUAUUCACCAACCGUAUUUGUUGCAUUCCAAAAUGAAUAUGGCGAGUCAACAGCUAUGGUUAUAUUGAGACAGCAAGAUGCAGCGAUGAUUGUGGAGUUUGCGGUCAUGAGGUAUGAUGGAGGACCUGAAAGAAUAGUGGUAUUCAAUCGGAAUGAUCUAAGUGUACGUUGUAGUUGCAAAAAAUACGAGAAUGAAGGCAUUUUAUGUGGGCACGCGUUGAAGGUGUUUGAUACUGUGGGCAUAAAAAUAAUUCCUCCUGAAUACAUUAAGAGGCGAUGGACAAAAAGAGCUCGGGCUGGAGACUGUUUUGAUCGGCGAAGACGGGAAGUUGUGGCUGAUCCUAAAAUAAUGAUUUCAACUCGUUAUCGGGAGCUCGCUCCAGCCAUGAUUAAGGUCGCAACUCGAGCAGCAAUGUCGGAGGACACCAGCAAAGUAGCAAUCACUGUCAUAUCCGAUUUGGCAAAGAGAGUUGAGCUCCUCCUCUCAGAAAGUGAAGAACAACCUUUGCAAAAUCAAAAAAAUCUGAAUAUGGAGGAACGGGAUAAAAUUGAAAUUGUGAAUGAAAUGGGGGAGGCAGUAGUCGCAAGAGGCAUUAAAAAACGAGGUGGUGGGAAGAAAAGUAGAGUGAUGCGAAGUUGGAUCGAUAAAUUUGACAGAGUAAAAAGAAAAUCUAGAUUAUCAAGGACUACACAGACUACGGCCUCAGAAUCGGAGCCGACAUCGGUUUCAAUUGAGGAAUACAUGUUUAUGGGAUGUCGUUCAUCUACUGACUCUGUUUCGACGCAUUCAAUGAGCCAGACAGUGAAUGGCCCUCCAAACGCUAUUGCUCCGAAUAUCGGUGAAAGUGAAACGGGUCACCGUUUGGCUAAUCAGGGGCCUCCUACAAGUGUCCCUACAGAAUGGAUGCAUCCCAGAUUUUCUAUUUUUUCCAAGUAUAACUCUGUAAGAGAUGUCUUAAUGGAGGAGUGUGCAGCACUUUUAACACACUGUGAUGUUGAUGCAUAUCAUGUAUUUGCACCUUCACCCCAGGGAAGAAAUAACACCCAGGGAUUGCAACUUCGCGCUGACGUCGCCGCCCCCGAGAAUGAGAUUGAUGAAUGA